AUGGAGAGCAAGAACCCGACUGAGGGCCUGACGACGGAUCACAUCAAGUCGCACCUGCAGAAGUAUCGGAUUAGCUACGAGCGAUCGAAGCUCGAGGCGCAGCGACUCAAUGAGAAACAUGCCAAACGGAGCUUAAAGCGUCAUCAUCGGGAGGCAUCGGAGCAGCAUAUGCACUUGACUAUGCAACAAAGGAUGAAGUUCCAUCGCGAGUUGCUGCUCACACGCAGUGUCGAGGUCGAGUCUGGUCUUUCGUGGGUCAACCGAAUGGGCAAUCACGAGUCGAGCUUCCUGCAAGCUUGGGCCAAUGCAGAGCAACUACGGCAGCAACAGGAGCAAGUCUACGGCCGUCUGCAUGAACAGCAACAAAAACCUGCACAAACUGCUGAAUACGAACACACGGGAACUGACGACGGUGUGGACCUCACCAGCUGGGGUCGACUCAGUCUGACCGUAGACUCUGACGACGACGACGUCUUCGGCUUCCUCCGAUCCGAGGCGUAG